GAUCGCAGAGCGGCCGGAGGUAGACACGAUGCGGCCCACGGAAUCCAAAGACGUCUCUCUCUGAUAUUGAACUUGAGCAACUCUGCGAUUAGACUUGGAAUUCUCAAAAACUGGCUUUGUAUGUUUUUUGAAACACGUCAGACUUGGAUUUAUCUGAACAGAUCAUCCCCGUACUCUCUCAUCAAUCGGGAAUUGUUCUGGCUCUCGAAACGUUUUCAUCUGCACAGCUUGAAAACCAGACACCUAUGAUGAGCUGCAGUUUGAGAGACUGACUCGAGAGCUGGAGGCUGAGCGCCAAAUCGUCGCCACUCAACUGGAGCGAUGCAAACGAGGAUCUGAGACCGGAAGCACCAUGAGCAACAUAAGUUCAACAGAUGAACAUCUUCACUGGGACACUGAAGAUGGACAGAAAGCCAUCGAGGAUGAGCUGAACACCGGCCUGGAGCUCGUGGACUCGUGCAUCAGAUCCCUGCAGGAGUCCGGAAUUCUCGACCAUCAGGAAUACAGCACGAGCGAACGACCGAGUCUGCUCUCUCAGAGCUCGCUGCAGCUCGGCUCGAACUCCUCCGGAUAUCACAGCAACCAGACGGCGACUCAGAGCGACGCCCAGGCUUCGGCGUCUCCUCAGCUGCAGCAGCCCGGAGGAACCGUGCACAACUACAACCAGGUGACAUCCGGUCGCUCAGCUCAGCACCAGAGCCAUGGCCCUGAACCCCAGCAGCCGUGUCCAUCACCAGGAAUCUACUACUCCAGCUCCACGUUGCCUGCUGCUCGUCUCAGCUCACCCCUGAGCUCCAUGCAGGCCACCGGCACGGCCACCGGCUCGGCCACCAAGCUCCAGCGCCUGGGCUCGGCCUCGGACGCCCCGGCCUACGCCACCACUCAGCGCCUGCAUUCCUCCUCCUCGUCCUCCUCGCCCAAGCCCUCUCCUGCAAGGCUUGCCAAGUCCUACAGCAGCAGCUCCCCUAUUAACGCGGUGGGGGCUGGUGGCACGGCGUCGAGUUCACCCAUCCGCCUGGCGUCGCCAUCCAACAACGCCUCUCCGCUGCACCAGCAGCUCAGUGUGGGCAGCUACGCCACGCUCUCACCCACCAAGAGGCUGGUGCACUCUUCAGAGCAGUACAAGAUUUCACACGAGCUGUACGCCACCGCUACGCUGCAGAGGCCUGGCAGUCUCGCCGGAUCUCGGAGCUCAUACAGCAGUCAGCACAGUCACGCGGGUUCUGACCUCAGACCCCUGCAGUCUCCGGAGCAUCACAUCGAGCCCAUCUAUGAGGACCGGGUUUACCAGAAAGGCCCAAUGAGGAGCCUGAGUCAGAGUCAAGCAGAACCGCCAACUCCAGGACAUACUGGGACUUACCGUACCAAUACUGCCCCGUCCUCCCCCGGUGUCGACUCCGUCCCCCUGCAGAGAACAGCGAGCCAGAAUGCUACCGGAACGUUCCCGCGUGGAGGCUACUCCAGCUACGUGGAGCCGUACCGCACCCUGCAGUACUGCUCCUCCGUGGAGUCUCCCUACAGCAAAUCGGGCCCCACCCUCCCCCCCGAGGGGACCCUGGCACGCUCGCCCUCCAUUGACAGCAUCCAAAAGGACCCGAGGGAAUUUGGUUGGCGAGACCCCGAGCUGCCUGAAGUCAUCCAGAUGUUGCAGCAUCAGUUCCCCUCGGUUCAGUCCAAUGCAGCCGCGUACCUGCAGCACCUGUGCUUCGGGGACAACAAGAUUAAAGCUGAGAUCCGGAGGCAGGGUGGGAUCCCCUUGCUGGUGGACCUGCUGGAUCAUCGGAUGGCGGAGGUGCACCGGAGCGCCUGUGGAGCUUUGAGGAACCUCGUCUAUGGGAAAGCUAACGACGAUAACAAGAUCGCCCUGAAGAACUGCGGAGGAAUCCCGGCGCUCGUGCGUCUGCUGAGGAAAACCUCGGACGUGGACAUCAGGGAGCUGGUUACAGGUGUGUUAUGGAACCUCUCGUCAUGCGACGCUCUGAAGAUGCCCAUCAUCCAGGACGCUCUGGCUGUCCUGACCAACACUGUCAUCAUCCCUCUGUCCGCCAGGGACGUCUCGCCGCAUCAGGAGGGACGCAAGCUGCAGAUGCACACGUCACUCGUGCUGCGCAACGCCACCGGCUGCCUGAGGAACGUGAGCUCGGCCGGGGAGGAGGCGAGAAGGAGGAUGAGGGAGUGCGAGGGUCUGACAGACGCUCUGCUUUUCGUCAUCCAGACUGCACUGGGGAGCAGCGAGAUUGAUAGUAAGACCAUAGAAAACUGUGUGUGCAUCUUGAGGAACCUCUCGUACCGACUGGCGGCGGAAACUUCUCAGGGACAGCAGAUGGGCACCGAGGAGCUGGACGGCCUUCUGUGCAGCGACUCCAACGGGAAGGACGGAGAGAGUUCAGGCUGCUGGGGGAAGAAGAAGAAGAAAAAGAAGGCGCUGGAUCAGUGGGAUGGUGUUGGUCCGCUCUCUGACACGGCCGAGCCUCCAAAAGGAAUCCAGAUGUUGUGGCAUCCUUCCAUCGUGAAGCCGUACCUCCUGCUGCUCUCUGAGUGCUCGAACCCAGACACACUGGAGGGAGCGGCUGGGGCGCUGCAGAACCUGGCAGCAGGGAGCUGGAAGUGGUCAGUCUACAUCCGUGCGGCGGUGAGGAAAGAGAAGGGACUGCCGAUCCUGGUGGAGCUCUUGAGGAUAGAUAACGAUCGCGUGGUGUGUGCGGUCGCCACCGCGUUACGAAACAUGGCCUUAGAUGUCAGAAAUAAGGAGUUAAUCGGGAAGUACGCGAUGAGGGAUCUGGUCCACCGUCUUCCCGGGAGCAUGAACGCCAGUGGCAGCAGCGGCAGCAGCACCACCAACGGCACAAGCGGCAAAACCAUGUCGGACGACACGGUGACGGCGAUCUGCUGCGCCCUGCACGAGGUCAUCACUAAGAACAUGGAGAACGCCAAGGCACUGCGAGACGCCGGCGGCAUCGAGAAGCUCAUCGGCAUCGCCAGGAGCAAAGGAGACAAACAUUCGCCCAAAGUGGUGAAAGCGGCGUCUCAGGUCCUGAGCAGCAUGUGGCAGUACAGAGAUCUGCGCAGCCUUUACAAGAAGGACGGUUACUCACAGUAUCACUUUAUCGGUUCUGCUUCGACGAUAGAAAGAGACAGACAGCGACCUUACUCUUCCUCACGCACGCCUUCCAUCUCUCCGGUCCGGACCUCACCCAACAAUCGUUCAGCAAGCGCCCCCGCCUCUCCCAGAGAGAUAAUCAGCCUCAAGGAGAGGAAGGCCGACUACGAGUCUACUGGAACCAAUGCUAGUUUCCAUGGAAACAAAGGAGAGAACGGAUCCAGGAAAGACGCCACAGCAGUACAAGUCUCGUGUGGAACCUCGACGCUCUUCCGCAACUCGUACGCGACUCCGAACGAAGAGCUCCAGCACAACCAGAUCCCGGUCCAUGUGGCUCCACAAGACAGCAUCCAAAAGGACUAUGAGGUGCUUCCUCCUUUUCAGAACUCCACUAGAACCUUUGAGGAACCCUUUUUCGAGGAUCAGGUCCAUCGGCCCGCUCCCGCCGCUGACCUCAGCAUGCACCUGGGACUCAAGUCCACCGGGAACUACGUGGACUUCUACUCAGCCGCGCGUCCCUACAGCGAACUCAACUACGAGACCAGUCACUAUCCCGCCUCGCCCGACUCGUGGGUGUAGGACUCGAUGAAUGAUGACCUUGUGGAUGACCCUGACCCAAACAAAAGUCCCUAAC